AUGCCACCAGCAGCGCCCGCGGCCAAGUCCUUGACGGUGCGCAGGGCACCGCCGCCCUUUUGCAUAUCUUCGAAAGCCUCGGACUCCAUGUUGACAGAUCCACUGAGUGAGGAGGAAGAGGUGGAGCUGCACCUGAGCAGCGCAAGCAUGCACCGGCGCGCAGUAAUACGGGUGAGUGUCGGGCCCAGCUGCCCUAUUUCGCAGUACGACGGAGACACCUGGCUAACAUCCAUCUUCCAGCUAUCGCGCCGCGUCGAUUUACAUUCGACCCCCUCCCCGACCCUAUGCCGGACUUUACGGUCGUCCGCGAUCCGAUUCAAUUCUUCCGAUUCUGGUAAUGGCAACGGCGAUGGAGAUGGAGCUGGGUCAAGCUCUCCGGCACCGACGCCGAAGUUUGGCAAUCGUUGGGGCUCGAGGCAAGCAACAAAACCCACGGGAUUGAGCGCGGCAGAGCAAACAUUGCGCGAUUCGAUCAGGGCCGCCAAUCAACCACCCCCGAACCGGAACGACCUGCACAACCUGCCCCAAGACGGAAGCCUUUCGAGAGGCAUCCUGCAUGUGUUUGCCAGACAUGUUUCGUGUCCAUUCUGCAAUGCACCUCGACCUGUUAACGUUCCCCGUCGCGAGCCGCAGGGAUCGAGACAGAACAGAGGAACUCGUACAUACGAUAGAGAACCUUCUGACAAUGCAACGACCUCCAGGUUUCAAAAACUAGGUCGGUCUAUGCUAGAGGAAAUGGGUGAAGAGAGCCGGAGCACGCUGGACUCAGAGAAACAACAAAGACAACCAGAAAAAAAACUUUCAAAAGCCGAGGCCAAGCAGGAAAAGCUAGAGAAGGAAAAGAAACGCGAAGAGAAGAGGAAAGCGAAGGAGGAUCAGUGGUCCUGGGAUAUGUCCGCUUUGGAUCAGCUGGAAGCCCAAGAGACUCAAGAGCAAUUGAUUUCGUCAAAGAAACCCGUGCGUCGGAAUCAACGCCAGUCUCGUGACGACGACUUCGAUCCGGAAGAGCACGAGCGACUUCGAGAAGAGCGCAAGCGCCUGAAGAAGGAAAAGGCUGACAAGAAGAAGGCCAGGACCGCAAAGGUUGAAGCUGCCCCGACACCCGUCUACCUUCCCGAGUUCAUCAGUGUCAGUAACCUCGCCGAUGUGGUUGGUGUACGACCCAACCAGUUUGUGCGGCGCAUGGAGGAAAUGGGAUUCGAAGAUGUGACAUAUAACCACGUCUUGGAUGCGGAGACCGCUGGGCUGGUGGCUGCUGAGUACAAUUUUGAGGCUAUCUUUGACACCGAGAAUCCCGAUCUCGAGGCGGCGCCAGUGCCUGAGGAUAUCUCCUCGCUCCCAUCGCGACCCCCUGUAGUCACCAUCAUGGGCCACGUUGACCAUGGCAAGACUACUAUCCUGGACUGGCUGCGCAAGUCAUCCAUCGCGGCCACUGAGCACGGAGGUAUUACACAGCACAUUGGUGCUUUCUCCGUUGCAAUGCCUUCUGGCAAGAUGAUCACCUUCUUGGAUACCCCUGGCCACUCUGCAUUCUUGGAGAUGCGCCGCCGUGGUGCCGACGUGACCGACAUUGUCGUUCUUGUUGUGGCUGCGGAUGACAGUGUCAAGCCCCAAACCAUCGAAGCUAUCAAACAUGCCACCCAGGCAAAUGUCCCGAUCAUUGUUGCCAUGAGCAAGAUUGACAAAGAGGGCCGAAACCCAGACCGCGUGAAACAGGACCUGUCGGUUCACGGAGUCCAUGUCGAAGAUUAUGGCGGUGAUGUUCAGGCCAUCGGUGUUAGUGGCAAGACUGGUGAAGGUAUGCUCGAACUCGAGGAGGCCAUUGGUGCACUGUCAGAGAUGCUUGACCACCGUGCCGACACCGAGGGCAAUGCCGAGGGAUGGGUUCUUGAAGCUACCACCAAGUCUUACGGACGAGUUGCUUCUGCUCUCAUCCGUCGUGGCACUUUGCGCCCCGGUGAUGUUAUUGUUGCCGGUGAAACAUGGGCUCGUGUGCGCACGUUGCGCAAUGAAGCCGGUCUCUCAAUCGUCGAAGCCACGCCUGGUAUGCCGGUUGAGAUUGAUGGGUGGAGAGACCAGCCGGCUGCUGGCACUGAGAUCCUCCAAGCCCCUACCGAACAGAAGGCUAAGGAAGUCGUCGAAUACCGCCAGGAGCGCAUUGAGAAUAAGAAGUUGGGAGAAGAUAUGGAAGCGAUCAAUGUGGCUCGACGAGAGAUGCUCGAGAAGCGCAGACUUGAGGAGAUGGAAUCUGACGAAUCGGGCAAGCCCAUAGAGCCUACCGGCCCCAAGCCAGUGAACUUUAUCAUCAAGGCCGAUGUCGAUGGCUCUGCUGAAGCAGUGCUGAACUCGAUUGCCGCCGUCGGAAACAACGAGGUCUACGCCAACAUCAUCCGUUCCGGAGUUGGUCCCGUCGGAGAAUUCGAUAUCGAACACGCAGCCAGCGCCAAGGGUAUCGUCAUUUCCUUCAACAUGGCCAUUGAACCCAACAUGAUGCGCAUGGCCGAACUCGAGGGUGUCAAGAUUAUGGACCACAACAUCAUCUACCGGCUGAUCGACGAUGUUAAGGCCAUUCUCAGUGAGCAACUCGCACCCUCGGUGACCCACCGUGUGACGGGUGAAGCCGAGAUCGGACAAGUCUUCGAAAUUACCCUGAAGGGUCGCGAGAAGACCUCCAUCGCCGGUUGUCGUGUGCGUAACGGUAUGAUGCAGAAGUCGCGCAAGGUCAGAGUGACCCGUGGCGAUUCGAUUAUCUACGACGGCACGAUGACCUCUCUCAAGAAUGUCAAGAAGGACGUUACUGAGAUGCGCAAGGACACCGAGUGUGGUAUUGCAUUCGAGGGCUGGACUGACUUUGCUGUUGGUGAUCAUGUCCAGUGCUACGAAGAGAUCUUCGAAAAACGUUUCCUUUAA